AUGUCAGAAUUAUCAACUGAAACUAAACCUUUUAAUGGAUAUCGAUUUGAUACUGAACUUGCACUAAAAAUUAUUGAUGGGUUGAGACCAGAAUUUACUGAUAUAGUACCUGACUGUUUUAUUAAAUUGGCUAAACAAUGCAUGAGUCCGAUUCCACAAGAACGUCCUACUGCUGAA